AUGGUGGCCCCCUCCUCCGACAACGAACUGCGUGCUCUGCGGCGCAGGUGCGCUAGCGCCAUCCAGGCCAAAAUCCCGCCAUGGUUGGCCAACCUGUACCUGGGCGGGCGAGGCCUUGGCCUCCGGUGGCGGUCCGGUCCGGCCUCAAAGCCUGCCUUGAGUGAGAAUGAGGCCGAUGGCCUCAGCAAGGUUGACGGUGGCGGCAAAGAGGCCGACGCCAUUGCCAAUAGUGGCAACGACAAUAGCAGUGAUGGAAGCGAUGAGGACGUUGGCCAGCAGCAGAUGCUCUCCGAAAUCGAGGAGGGAAUUCUUGAUGUCUUUUCGGACGAGUACUGCAACAAGCACCUCGUGUACAGCAUCCUGGAGCUGAUCCUGGUGAGGUUGAUGCCGGAGCUGGCAGAGAAGGGUGUCACCGAGCUCUGGGAGGAGCGUCUGAGCCUAUGA